ACAAACCCAGAUUUAUUAUGAAGUAAUAUGCACAAAUGAAUGUGUUUCAAAACAAGAAAUCAAAAGAGUUUUCUGUUAUGGGCAGCUGCUUUGGGAUAUAUCUCAAACCAUAGAAAUAGGCAUUAGCCCUCCUGUACUCUUCAGGGAUAUCUGCCCAAAGUUUAAGAAUUCCCAGGCAAAGAAUAGGGCUUUGUUCUCAAAGGCCCUGCAGCAGUGGUGUGCUGGAGCUGGCUCACCCGAGCCAUUCAGCCCCAUGCCAAGCGACAUCAGUUCAGUAGCUUACAACCUGCUGUGGUGGGAGUGUGUAUUAGUCUGUUCUCACACUACUAUAAAGAAAUACCCGAGACUGGUAAUUUUUAAAGAAAAGUUUAAUUGGCCCACGGUUCUGCAAGUUGUACAGGAAACAGCAGCUUCAGGGAGGCAUCAGGAAACUUUUACUCAUGGCAGAAGGCAAAGUGGGAGGAGGUGUCUUACAUGGUGGGAGCAGGAGAAAGAGGCAGGGGGGUGAUGCUACACACUUCUAAACAACUAGAUCUCGUGAGAACUCUGUCACGAGAACAGCACCAAAGGGAUGGUGCUCAACUAUUCACGAAGGAUCCACACCCAAGAUCCAGUCACCUCCCACCAGGUCCCACUUCCAACAUUGGGGAUUACAAUUAAACAUGGGAUUUGGAUGGGGACACAGAUCCAAACCAUAUCAGAGUAUUUACUCCAUGGAAGUUGUAAACACUAUAAAUCACCCCUGCAGCAAGCUGCUUAUUAAACAUUCCCCAGCACACCGUUGUCCUAGGGUCUAACACAGCCCAGAAUUCAGGUGUCCAGGAUUCAGGGCAGGCCUCUUGGUCCCCAUCUCUGUACGAAGGAAACCUCGCUCAGAAAAGUCAGAAUCGAAGGCCAGUCUGCUCAGUUCAUCACUGAGCCCUCGCUCCUCAGUCUUAACAUGAUAUGCUCAAAUUUUCCCCAACUCCUGUGGCCACUCUACUAUGACAGAAACAUACAUAUGGGAUGUUUUCAGGAAGCAUUUCACCACACCGAUGCCUCCCGUGCCCUGCCAGGGUGGAUAGUGGACUCCUGCCUUGUGUGAGGAGUGCAGAGUGUGCGGCUUGUGGAUAGGGCCUGAAAUCCAGGCUCCAUCAGUUAAAGCUCUGUGACAACAGGCGGGUCAUCGUCCCUCUCUCAUCCCCACGAUGGAAGAUAAGGACCCUGGGUGGUUGAUUUGCCAUUAAAGGUUAAAGGAGAUGGUGUGAUGCAUAUAAAGGAGCCAGCACAGCUUUCAUUCUCGUCAUCAUUAACUGAGGAGGUGAUGUUGCUGCCCAGGCAUGGAGCACAUUCAGCACACACACCUGAGCACGUGCAUAGAGCAUGUGGGCUAAGGACGGUCAAUGCGACCUUUUCCCAAACUCACAUCCCACAGAACUGGCCCCACCUGGCACUUGUAACCUGAACAGCAAUGAUGGUAAAUAGUUUACCUUAACGGAGCACUGACUGAUACGAUCUCAUCUCAUCCUCCAGCAGCCCUUUGUCCUCCCUUUGCAGAUGUAAAGGAGGGAGGUAAAGACCCAGCAAGGUUCAGUAACUUGCCGAAGGUCACACAGCUGCACACAUGAGAACAUUGGUCAAUGCAUUGUCCGGUGGAGGACAAGAGGUAAAGCCAGAAGGCAAAUGUGCUCACAAUGGAAUGUGUUUCCGCUGUGAAGAAGUGGCACCUGAUACAUGUGAAGGAUACCGCUACCCCGGUUUAGUGGGUGAGGGAAGGCUCCUUGAAAAAGUGUUGGUAAAGAAAGUUAAUAUUUAUUACAAAGCCAUUCAGUCAUUCAGUUAGCAAACACUUAAGCCCUUUCCGUGUGCUGGAUGCUGGUCUGAGACACUUGGAAUACAGAGUUGCCUGUCCUCAGGACUGUUGACAGUAAGCAUAAUAAGCAAAUUCUGCAGCGAGUUACACCACGAUAAGAGCUACUGAAAAAAGAAAUAUCUGAACCAGCCGUGAAGGGUGGUGGGGGGCAGCUUGCAUUAUUAAAUAGAAUGGUUAGUGAGGCUUGCUGAGAAGGUGAGGUUUGAACAGACUGAAGGAAGUGAGGUGGGGCUGUGGCAGCCCCUUCAGGGACUAGCAGGGAGGCACUGGCAUGGGGGUGGGGGUGUAGGACCCGAACGUGAUUCUUCAUUCUUACAACUCCCUCCAGAAGUAGGUUCUAUAUUGUCCCCAAUUGAGAGGUGAGGAAACUGUGGCACAGAGGUUUAGUGGCUUGCCCAGGGUAACACAGCUGAUAGGAACACUUGCCACCCUCAGUCUGACCCCAGAGUGAUGUGUUUACCACCACUGGGGGCCGCCUCACCCUUCCCUCUGACCCUGGCUAAAACAAGGCAGGACCCUGAGCUUCCUCAGCAUGAGGGAGCUCUGGAUGUGCGUGUGUGGGUGUGUGUGCACGUGUGCAAGAGGGAGGCAGGCAGGGCUGAUGUUUCAGGGCUCCUUUCUGCCUCUUGGAGUGGCCUCACAGGCCGGCUUCAGCGAUCACCAGCCAACCUCUUUAUCUCACCCUAGCCCUGUAAUUCCCCUGAAUUACAGAUGUUUUCAGCACCAGGUCACUGACAAAAGAAGCCCAUUUAUUGGGCAUGAGGACUGGAAGGAAAUGGUGGAAGGGUCACUGUGUUCAUUUCCUCUUGCUGCUGUGACAAAUUGCCGCAAACUUGGUGGCUUCAAGCUACACUCAUUUAUUCUCCCACAGUCCUGAAAGGCAGAGCUAUGAAGCCAUGGCAGCAGGUGCUCCUUCAUCUUCAAGGCCAGCAGCAUAGCUUCCAUCUUGCAAUUUCUUUUUCUGUCUGACUCUAAUCCUCCUGCCUCCCUUUUAUAAAGAGGACCUUUGUAAUUAUGUUGAGCCCAUUUGGGCAAUCCAGGAUUGUGCUACUGAGAAAUAACUAUUUAGGCUUUAGCCUGUUUCCUGGCAUAAAACUCCUGAAAUCUUACAAUUUCCAAAGUGAUGCCUGUGAACCCAAAAUAUCGGAGACAAGUCUCAGUCAAUUUAGAAAGUUUAUUUUGCCAAGGCUAAGGACACACCUGUGACACAGCCUCAGGAGGUCCUGACAUGUGCCCAAGGUGGUCGGGGCACAGCUAGGUUUUAUAUGUUUUUGGGAGACAUGAGACAUCAGCCAGCAUGUGUGAGAGGUACGUUGGUUUGGUCCGGAAAGGUGGGACAACUCGAAGCAAGGGAGGGGCCUUUCAGGUCAUAGGUAGAUAAGAGACAGACAGUUGCAUUCCUUCGAAUCUCUGAUGAGCCUUUCACUGAACACACAGUUUACAUGUGACAGGAGGGUAGAGGAGUAGUCACUUAUGCCUUGGUCUGGCUUAGUGAAAUAGGGCAAAGGGAGCAAUCAGAUAUGCAUUUAUCUCAUGAGUUCUGUGUGUCCUUCGUCCAAAAAGAAUUUUCUUUUGGGCAUAUUGUGAGGGAGGUACGGGGUUAGUAAUAAAAUGGGAGGCAGGUUUGCCUGAAGCAGUUCCCAGCUUGACUUCCCUUUGGCUUGGUGAUUUUGGGGUCCAGAGAUUUUGUUGUUGUUUUUGAGACAGAGUCUCGCUUUGUCACCCAGGCUGCAGUGCAGUGGUGUGAUCUUGGCUCACUGCAACCUUUGCCUCCCAGGUUCAAGUGAUUCUCCUACCUCAGGCUCUCGAGUAGCUGAGAUUACAGGCAUAUGCUAAUUUAUGUAUUUUUAGUGGAGACAGGGUUUUCCCAUUUUGGCCAGGCUGGUCUUGAACUACUGACCUCAAGUGAUUUGCCCACCUCAGCCUCCCGAAGUGCUGGGAUUACAGGUGUGAGGCACCAUGCCCUUUUCUUUUACAUGUCUUUUGUAUGCUAAUGAGAUGGCUAGUGGCUGGCAGCCCCUGGGUAGCUUCAGGAUAGGGUUGGUCACCAGGAAGACCAAGGCAGGACUAGAUAGUUGGGACAUUGAGCUCCACCCUUCAGCCUCUGGGGAGGGGAGAAAGACUAAAGUUUAAGUUGAUCACCAAGGGCCAGUAGUUUAAUCUUGCCUGUGUAAUGAAGCCAUCAUAAAAACUCAGAAGGACAGGGUUUGAAGAGCUUCUGGAUAGCUGAACACAUGGAGGUUCCUGGAGGGUUCCCAAGGAAGGCAUGGAAGCUCCACACCACCUCACACAUACCUUGUAUUUCUACACAUUUCUUUCUCUGUAUUCUUAGGAAUAGCCUUCAUAAUCAACCAGUAAAUGUCAGUAUUUGCCUGAGUUCUGUAAGCUGCUUUAGCAAAUUAUUAAUAAUUGAACCCAAAAGGGGAUUGUGGGAACCCCAACUUAAAGCCAGUCAAACAUUCCUGAAGUCCGGACUUGCAACUGGUAUCUGAAGGUGGGGCAGGUGGGGCAGUCUUGGGGGCUGAGACCUCAAGCUCUGGGAUCUGAUUCUGUCCCCAGGAACAUAGUGUCAGAAUUGAGUUGGAGGACACCCAGCUGGGGUCCGCUGCAGAAAUGAUUGCUUGCUUGGUGUGUGGGGAAAACUCCUCACACAUGUGGUCAUGGAUUGUUGUGGUGUGACAGCAGAGGAAAAACGGUUUGCGUGUUUUCCAUUUUCGGGAUAAUCUCCCCCGCCCCCAAGAUCCUUAACUUCAUCACAUCUGCAAAGUUCCUUUUGCUGUGUAAGGUGCCAUAUUCAUGGGUUCUGAAGAUUAAGAUGUCCAUAUCUUUGGGGGGGUGGCCAUAACUCUGGUCUACCACAGUCACUAAUGCCCCCAGUGCCCUCAUUCCCACCCACCCCAUUCCCAGGCAGAUGAAGUCAAGUAUUCCCCUUAGCCUGAUGUGGCCGGCAUGGCACACAGUGCUAAUUAGAGGCCCCUCCUGGACCAUGGCUCACCUGCAUGGGACCCCGCCCCUUCUUGCCCAGUGAGUGUUGCUGGAAAAGAGGGUCCCAAUCCAGACCAUAAGAGUGGGUUCUUGGAUCUUGCACAGGAAGGAAUUCAAGCCCUGCCUUACCAGCUCUCUGCCCAUCUCUCAGUGUGGAUCCUAAAGGGGGAGGAAAGGAUGCCUUCUGCACGGGGGAAAUCCAAAUCCAAGGCACCUAUAACAUUUGGGGACUUAGCCAUCUACUUCUCCCAGGAGGAGUGGGAAUGGCUGAGCCCCAUUCAGAAGGAUUUGUAUGAAGAUGUCAUGUUGGAGAAUUACCGGAACCUGGUCUCGCUUGGUCUUUCCUUUCGGAGACCAAAUGUGAUCACCUUAUUGGAGAAAGGGAAAGCACCCUGGAUGGUAGAGCCAGUAAGAAGACGCCGGGCUCCUGACUUGGGGUCUAAAUGUGAGACCAAGAAGUUACCUCCAAAUCAAUGCAACAAAUCUGGGCAAAGCAUCUGCCAGAAACUAGUUUCUGCACAACAAAAAGCUCCUACACGAAAGAGUGGCUGCAACAAAAAUUCAGUCCUAAUAAAACCUAAGAAAGGGCAUUCAGGGAAGAAACCUUUAAAAUGUAAUGACUGUGGUAAAACCUUUAGUCGAAGCUUCUCUCUUAAACUUCAUCAGAACAUCCAUACGGGAGAGAAGCCUUUUGAAUGCAGUAAUUGUAGAAAAGCUUUCAGACAGAUCUCAUCCAUCCUACUUCAUCAGAGAAUUCACAGUGGAAAGAAAAGCCAUGAAUGCAGUAAAUGUGGGGAAAGCUUCAAUCAAAGAACAACUCUUAUUCUACAUAUGAGAAUUCAUGAUGGAAAGGAAAUUCUUGACUAUGGGAAGGCCUUGAGUCAAUGUCAGUCUUUCAAUAUACAGCAGAAAAUUCACGUUGUUGGGAAUGUCUGCCAGUGCAGAAAGUGCGGAAAAGCCUUCAGUCAGAUGUCAUCCCUUUUACUUCAUAAGAAAAUUCACAAUGGAAAGAAAACACAUAAAUAUAAUAAAUGUGGGAGAGGCAUCAAAAAGAAAUCAGUCUUUGUUGUACAUAAAAGAAUUCAUGCUGGAGAGAAAAUCCCUGAAAAUGCGAAGGCCUUAAGUCAGAGUCUACAGCAAAGAAGUCACCAUUUAGAGAAUCCUUUUAAAUGCAGAAAAUGUGGGAAAUUAUUUAAUAGGGUUUCACCCCUGAUGCUUCACCAGAGAAUUCACACUUCAGAGAAACCGUACAAAUGUGAUAAAUGUGACAAGUUCUUCAGGCGGCUUUCAACCCUUAUUCUGCAUCUAAGAAUUCAUAAUGGAGAAAAACUAUACAGAUGCAAUAAAUGUGAGAAGGUCUGCAAUCGGCAUUCAUCCCUUAUUCAACAUCAGAAAGUUCAUACAAAGAAAAAGAAACUAUUUGAGUGUAAGGAAUGUGGGAAGAUGUUUUCUGGAACUGCAAACCUUAAAAUACAUCAGAAUAUUCAUUCUGAAGAGAAACCUUUCAAAUGCAAUAAAUGUAGUAAAGUUUUCGGCCGCCAAUCAUUUCUUAUUGAACAUCAAAGAAUUCAUACAGGAGAAAAACCCUACCAGUGUGAGGAAUGUGGAAAAGCCUUCAGCCACCGAAUAUCUCUCACACGACAUAAGAGAAUUCAUACUGAAGAUAGACCCUAUGAAUGUGAUCAGUGUGGGAAGGCCUUCAGCCAGAGUGCACACCUCGCCCAACAUGAAAGAAUUCACACUGGAGAGAAGCCAUAUACAUGCAAAACAUGUGGUAAGGCCUUUAGUCAGCGCACAUCUCUUAUUCUACAUGAAAGAAGUCAUACUGGAGAGAAACCCUAUGAAUGUAAUGAAUGUGGGAAGGCAUUUAGCAGUGGCUCAGACCUUAUUCGACAUCAGAGAAGUCAUUCUUCAGAGAAACCCUAUGAAUGUAGUAAAUGCGGGAAGGCAUAUAGUCGGAGUUCAUCCCUGAUUCGACAUCAGAAUACACAUUCUGAAGAAAAAGCCUAAGGUUGUUUUAAAUCUAUAAAAUCAACGAAUGAGGCUAUCAAACAUAUGGCAAAUAUGUAUUUGUCUAUAAUGUAAAUUUUGUGUAUAUGGGACCAUUUGAUGAUAUGUCCCACUUUGAAAGCCAAAGAGCAAAAGUCAUUGGUGAUUUUGACCUCAGGAUUUGAAAUUAACUGAAGGAAACUCAGAAGUUUGGUCAGUCAUUGUGAAUGAAGAUCAUUUUUCAUUUGAUAAGAAUUACUGGCUGGGCGCAGUGGCUUACACCUGUAACCCCAGCACUUUGGGAGGCUGAGACAGGCGGAUCACGAGGUCAAGAGUUUGAGACCAUGGUGAAACCCCAUCUCUACUAAAAAAUACAAAAUUAGCUGGGUGUGGUGGUGCGCACCUGUAAUCUCAGCUACUGGAGAGGCUGAGGCAGGAGAAUCGCUUGAACCCAGGAGGUGGAGGUUGCACUGAGCAGAGAUUGCGCCACUGCACUCCAGUCUGGGCAACAGAGCAAGACUCUGUGUCAAAAAAAAAAAAAAAAUUACUGAUAUUUUACUUCCAGCAUAGUUUUAAAGGUAAUUUAUUGGUCACAUACAACAAAAUAGAAUUGUGAAGUCCAUUAUAGGGCUCUGAGCCUGAUUUAAGGUCACAGAAAAAAAGAAUUUGAGUCUGUUUCUCAGAUCUAGAAUUAUCAAAUAUAAGGAACUUCUCGGCAAAACAGGGUGCCACUUUCAGCUGACAGACUUGUGGGUGAGAAUAAAGAAAAGUGAGUCUUUAGGUAGAUAAAGUUGUCGCUCAUAGUGGUGUGUAACAGUAGAAACCUUACUGUACCAUCUCCACGGAUAUGAGGAUAUAUGAUCUUCAUGGUGUGAACGUCUAACAUGGCUGAGACAAGCUAUCAGUAAAAGAACCAAGAUAUAGUGAAGAAUGAGGAUUUCAGAGCCAGGAGAAAUCAGUAUUGUUUUAUUUGGAAAUAAAUCAUCUAUAUUUAUAUGAGUAAACAUUGGUAUUUUCAUGUAACAAUACUGGUAUGCAAUAAGUGGUGUAAUAUGAGUUGUUAUGGACUGAAUGUUUAUGUCCCCCCCAAAACUAAUUAUGUUAAAAUCCUCACCAUCAAUGUGAUGUUACUUGGAAAUGAGGCAUUUGGGAGGCAAUUAGGAUUAGAUGAGGUCAUGAGGGUGGAGCUCUCAUGAUGGGAUUAGUGCCUUUAUAAGAAGAGACAUCAGGCUGAGUGCGGUGGCUCACGCCUGUAAUCCCAGCACUUUGGGAGGCCAGGGCGAGUGGAUCAUGAGGUCAGGAGAUUGAGACAAUCCUGGCUAACAUGGUGAAACCCCGUGUCCACUGGAAAAAAAAAUACAAAAAAUUAGCCAGGCACAGUGGCAUGUGCCUGUAGUCCCAGCUACUCGGGAGGCUGAAGGAGAAGAAUCGCUUGAACCCAGGAGGCGGAGGUUGCAGUGAGCCAAGAUCACGCCACUGUACUCCAGCCUGGGCGACAGAGUGAGACUACGUCUCAAAAAAAAAAAAAAAAAAAGACAUCAGAAAGCCUGCUUGCUGUCUGCACCAUGUGAGGAUGCAGGAAGAAGCCAGCUGUCUACAGAACAGGAAGAGAACCCUACGAGAACCUAACCAUGCUGGCGACCUGUUCUCAGACUUCCAGACUUCAGAACUGUGAGAAGUAAAUUGUUGUUUAAGCCACCCAGUCUAUGAUGUUUUGUUAUGGCAGCCCCAGCUAAUAUAUGGAGUGGAAACCCUAGAUUUAUCUACUGGGUUCUUUUCCUGUCAGCAGUUCAACAUGUGUAGUAGCUUUCAGUCUCUGCUGUUUGUGCCAAAUAUAUAAGAAAUAAAAUCAGAUAACUUUUUUGUAAUUGGAUCAUA